AAUCUAAAUAUAGAAGUGGGGAAUUACCAAAGUACUUUACAUUUUUGUGCCGCGCCUAGUCUGCUGCCUUGACUGCCUUCAGCCUGCCUUCACUGCCAUUGUUGCAUGCUCUAUUGCAUCAAAUCAGAACUCCAUAGAGGCAUAAUUUCCAAGAUCCACACAGUAUACAGCUGGAAUUUUUCAUCAAGAGAACUCUAGUACUGAAAAAUCAAGGUCGGCAGCUACUGUAUUGUCACCUUUUGGUUCUUCAGUGAAGUGCAAGAUGGCAAGCAAGAUGGCCGCUCGACGCUCAUCCCUUGGUCAGAGCAUCCUUGAGCAUCUGGAGUGCUCCAUCUGCUUUGGCUAUUACAGGGAUCCGAGGAUGCUGGAAUGCUUGCACAACUUCUGCCUGAGGUGUCUGCAAGAGCUCAGACAGCAGCAAAACACCAACAACGGGAAACUCACCUGCCCCCUGUGCCGACGAGAGACAACACUAAAGGAGAACAGAACCGCCUCACUGCCCAGCAACUUGACCCUUAAUGCCUUGGUUGAGAUGGUGGCUCUCCAGGAUGAGCUUUGGGGCAGUCAGGGCUCGGAGAUCAAAUGCCAAGCCUGUGAUGAGAACAAUCGCGCCGUCUCAAGAUGUGAAGAUUGCCAGUAUUACCUUUGUCAAGAGUGUCAGAGGGCACACGAACGCUUGGCAAUGAUGAAAUCACACAAGAUCUGCACGCUGGCCCAACUGAAAUCGGUGAUUUCAUCUGAGCAGAUUACAACUGGGGAGGGUAUUGCUCAGUGUGGGAAGCAUUUAGAUCCAGAUGCCUGCCUGUAUUGUAAUACAUGCGAGGAGUUGGUGUGUACAAACUGUUCGGUCCUUGAGCAUGAAAACACCGAGCACCAACUUGUUGGUAUCUCUGAGGCCUCGGACACAUUCAAAAAAGAUGCUGUGGACCUUGUUGCAAGAGCUGAAGAGAGCUUGAAAGCUCUGAGCCUUGCUUUUGCUGAAACAGAAGAGUCCUGUAAGAAGCUAGAUGCAAGUUACACCAACACCAAACAGAAAAUCUCUGCCAGGGCCAACGCAGAGGUUGCACGGAUUAGAGAGGAAGAGCGAAAGAUGAAGCAAGAUGUGAGGAGGAUCUACGAAGAGAGAGGUGAGAAAAUUGCUGAGGCCUCAAAUGGGCAAGCACUGGCCAAAGCUCGGCACAAGCUGGAUGAAGCAAAAGAGCUCCUUGCCACAGAAAACCACCAGGAAAUAUUGGAACUCAAACAGAAACUCACGCACAAUCUCAAUGAGGUGGCUGAAAGACAACCAGAAAAGAUGCCAGAUUUGUUCACCUUUAUGGACUUUGAAAAUGGUCAGGACAGUGCCCUGGGUAGACUGGUACUGAGAGAUCCUGAAGUGGAAUUGGAUGGAAUGGAAGCUUUACAGUUGUUGGGAAAAUGGGAAUUGAAAACUGAACUGAAACAGAUUGAGUUUGGGUUUGCGUACGAUGUGGCUACAUUCUCUAAUAAUGAAAUAGCUGUAGCAGACAUUGAACGAAACCAAAUUGCUUUCGUACUCCCAAGGCAAUCCAAUGAACUGAACCCUACAACUUCACCGAGGCAAGAAAUUACCGCUCUCUAUUACCCCAGCCACAUUUCAGUGACCAGGAAUGACUUGCUAGUUGUUCUGGACGGUCUUUCUGUCAAGAUUAUCAAUCAGGAAGACAAGCUCUUGCAUGAGUUCAUGCCAGGCAGAAGCUCCAAUAGUACACCUACAUGCCUGGCAGUGGAUGACACUGGCGAGCUGAUUGCUGUAGGCUACGAGGCCAAAGAAGAGAUAUCACUCCACAGCGUGGACGGUGAGCUCAUCCAAACACUGCCCGCUCCCAUGAUUGGUGAUUACUUGAUCAUCUUCAACCGGCGUUUUAUCUACACCAACCAUGGUCAGAAGAGACUGGUGGCAGUUAACUUUGAUGGUGUCUUGGUGUUUUCUGAGGAUGUUGACCUCACCAAGCAAGGCAAGAAUCUGGGCCCCAGCAGCGUUUGCUGUGAUAAGAACGGAAUCAUCUAUGUGGCGGUGCUAACACCUUGGUCUGGGGACAUCCACUGCUUCAGCCCUGAUGGAAACCACAUUGGGUGUGUUGUUAAAGGGUGCGGGCCGACACUUGGCCUGACGUUCACAGCACAAGGGGAACUUGUGUUGGCAUCUGAGCAUGCUGUACAAAUCUACCAUUCUAUGUAAUUGUCUCAGUUCCAGCAGUAAAGCUUAUAGCCUUUGGUUGUAAUUAUCACUGACAGCAUGCAAGAUAUCAAGAUGUGGACAGUAACAGCUAGAACAGACAAUAUGCAAUAUGUUAUUUGGCCAAAAUAUAAGUUUCUGUUAAAAAAGGCUUCUAAAACCCUAGCUCUAAAUGAAAUGUCCUUGUUUAGACAGUAACACUACUUAUUGAAGCUAAGCUGGUACUCCAACUGGAUAUACAUGGUUUUCAUGCAUGGUCAGCUAGUUUGUUGACUGUUUGGGUUUGAUUUCUUAGUCACGGGAAAAUUGGCCGAAUACAUGUACAUGUACAGGUACAUACUCAAAUGAAAGAGACAUUAUUGUACAUCUGUCAUGUGAUCAUGCAUGCUUGUAUAGGCUAAUGCACAGUGAUACACGAUUCAUUGGGUCAGUAGAGUUGAUUGCUGACUAUCUGCAGUGUGCAUCUCCUUACUUUGAUGGAAACUGCUAUAGGUUUUACAGGUGCUGAUGAUCUGACAUUUUAGUUUCUUAAAUGCCUUCUCAUUGAGUCUUUUAAGCUCUUUUACAGCUUCAGAACUGUAUAAAUGUUGCAUGCUUUGAAACUGUGUAGCCACAAGAAGUCCUUAUGGAAUUGUUUUAAAAAGAUGUAUAUAUAUCGUAAAAUUUUGAAACAGUGUAAAAAGUCGGAUGACAAGGUUUGUUGGCCUCGACACGUGUGGUGGAAGCCGGGGAGGAGGGCAGGGGAGCCAGUGACCCCUCACUUUUUUGACUGGGGGGGGAGGAGUUUGCAGGUUCUGUAAUUGGAUGGGGCAUAAUGGAUCAGCCUAUUAAUGGCUGAUGCCUGAUAGUCUAACAACUGGCCUCCCCCUUUGAAUAUUGUUCCGCCGCUGGUGGGCCACAACUGUUCUAAAAAAAUCCAUAAAGUCCCUGAUCAUCACAAUGUUUUAAGUAACAACUACUGAAGUCAUCCCCUGAAGCAUGUAACUGUUACACACACACAUCCACACCAAGAUGAACCAGUAAGAAUACAAUCCAUCCAAACCCAAAGUUGUGCUUCUCAUUACAUUUGUGCUAUGUGUGUACAUGGGAACAAAGUGAGCAGUAGUGCCUAGCCAACAAAGGAGAGUCAAUCUUGAAGACUUUAGAGUUGUGCACAUACCCAGUAUGGCAUGUAUGAAGAUAAUUGAAAACUCAGGCUAUUAAAUUAACUCAGAAAUUAAACUACAUGGGCAGCAGUUCUGUCUUUCUGCACAUAUGCUUCAUAGUUGUACUUAUUUAACCAAAUUGUUGCUGAGGAACUUCCAAUGUAGAAGAAACGAUGAUAUACACUCUACAUACAUAUAUGUAUAAGAACAGCACCAUAAAACAGUGCAGCUUUACUGUUAUUUGCAUGUUUUAAUUGGCCUGAAUCCAUCUUGUCUUUUCCUUCAGUUAUGUACUUGCAAGCACAGCUAUAUGAGUAUGUACACAUGGUGAUGUUUCCAGUGUGCACAUUCAUGUACUGUAUAUUUAGCCCUGAACACUGUUUUUUUUCAGUUGAGAACACCUUUAGUAAACCAAAGGUGCCUUUCAAUUUACUGUAUAUUACUCUUUUUUUUUUAACCUGUUGACUGCUCCGCAUAAUUUCAAAGGGGCAUUCCCAUUUGCCAAGCAUUAUACGCGUGUGUGCAUUUUUAAUAGGUAGCUUUCACAAGUGUGUUUGAACCUGAGCAUUUUACUGAUGUAUGUUCUCCACAUUGUUGUGUUUUCCGGUGAUGCUAGUGUAUUCAAUUUACAUCACAACAGGCUUUCAUUUCCUACAAAUAUACAGUACUCAUAGUGCCAGAAUUCGGUACACCUGUGACUAUGAGUAUAUUCGUAGUCAGCAGUCUAUGUGUUAAAAAAAGGUCUUCUGUAGUGAGUUUAUAUUGAAAUUGGUCUUCUGUUGUCUCUGAAAGACAGCGGCACCAGUAGACAAAGACAUCAAAUUGUUUCCUUUAUUAUACGAGACAGACAUAUUCACCAGAGAAAAUGUGCCCAUACUUGAGACAUCCUUCUUGAAACUUGUACCAUGGAGAAAGGAACAGCUUGGAAAUAUGUCAUAGGGAAAGAAUUACAGCUACUGUCAUCCUAGAAUCACAUAUGAAAUAAUUUUCGAUAAAGUCAACAGCUCUGAUGUAUAAAAAUUUGGACAGCUGUGUAAAGGGAGUCUCAGAUAACAUCAAAUUGUGUUUCAUAUAAUAGAUCGAAGACAUACAUACACGUGUAUGUCAUAAAAAUACUUAUACUUUAAAACAACUUUAGCACAAGAAGGGUUUAAAAAUCAAUAUGUGUUAUUGACGUUUGCAAAAAAAUGCCUGCUACAGUUGCUGCCUACAUGUACAUAGCAUAUUGAAGAUGCCAAGAAGAAUAGCACAACAAUCUAUUCAGCCAGGGGCUCAUGGACUGCAUUUAUUCACAGCAGUGAGACGCUACCUUUAUACUGCAUCACAGACAAUUUGAGGGGUUCUUGACGCGCGGAUGGAUAUAUUCCGUUUACCGGUCCCACAGAAGCUAGGUGCAACUUAUCAUACCUUCACUGGCGCCAGCCAGCCAAUCUGACGACAUCAUGCGUAAAAUGAGACAGCCACUGCAAUUUGAUGAGUACGAUGCUGACACCAUUAGUAUGUUAAUUGACGGGCCAGAGACCGCGGCUGGACAUGUUGGCCUUUCUGUCGGGGGGGAGGGGGAGACUAUCAGAUAGAUUUAAAUGUGACUGAGUAAAUUGCAGUCAAAGCACUAUUUGUAACACAAAAAUUGUCUCUAGAAGAAAUUAACCCAGUGCACUCCCAAGGAAAAAAAGUCACUUUUUUAACUGCCUGUACCUUUUGGAAACAUAUUUGAAACCUAAUUAUAAUAAAAAAGGAAUUCGUUGACCGUGCUGUGUGUUUGUAAAUGUUAAUGUAAAAUGGAUUGUUACUGGAUGCAUGUUUAUACGUGUAUCGCAGCUACAUGAGAAUGAAGAAUGCCAGCAUGUUUAGAAGAGGCUUCUUGCCUACAGAUUGGACACAUUAUUUACUCAGCUGCUAGGAAAGCAGAAAACUCAUUAACAUUAAGUAUUCACCAGUAAUACAAUGUCAAAAAUUCACUUUUAUUUAAAAGUGUUAAAGUUGCUUCAGCCCAAAUUAGCUGUGAGAGUGGUCAAUGAAAAGCCUGAUAAGUACAUGGACAUGUAUCUUUGCAAAGUACAAAAACAGAAAAGGCAUUUGAUGUGCUUACUCACUUGGUAAUCAAUCAUGCAAGGAAAGUGAGUCUUAAACUGUGACCAAUUAGCAAGGCAUCAACCAUCACCAUCUUUGGUAGCUGAUACCCACUGACCAAUCAUCACCCUUUGGUGUUAUUUCUAAUCGACAGCUCCCCAUUGGCUGGCCCACAGGACUGCAUAGAAUUUUCGUAAACAGGUGCUCAUUUUGGAGCAUAUGGAUGAUUCUCGGAUUGAGAGACGUCAGAAAUCCUUGAUUGAGCAUGAAUAUAUACAUACCUGAUUAACAGGAAAUUGACAUUUGUCAAUCAACAUAUAACAUGUUAUCUGCAGCAUUUCGUCUCCUUGUUCAUGUACUUGAAUAUUAUCACACAUUUGCCCUUCCACUCAAGCGUGCUCAAAGGGAAAGAAAAAAAAAUAAGUUAAUAUGUGGCAGGCUUGUUCAAAAAAGAGAUGAAGUGUUAUUAAAUUAUUUUUUUUUACAUCAAUCAGUGAGGUCGUGAGCUGUAUUCUGUUACUGGUACCUCAGUUAUUUUCUAACCAGAUGUUCAAUAAUAUCCUCGUGUUGGCCAGCUCUGGGAGUCUUACCGUUCAACUUUAAUUAGAUAGAUAUCAUUGCUCAUCACAAAGGAAUUUUUCUUUGCCAAAUAUACAAUACACGUACAGUGGCUAUUUAUGUGUAGACAAGAUAUAUGCCGAUUGGUUGCAUAGAUCUUGUGCUGUAGGUUUUUGACUUAAAAGUAAAUUUAUGAUUUUUACAUUGAGAGGAACCU